AUGAAUUUAGUUAUCAGUAAAAUGGCGAUGACAUUUUUGUUCGUUUGUCAUCCGAACUUACGAGUAUGCAAACCGAGAAUCCGCAAAAAAGUGUCACAACUAAAACCGUCUGCCAUUUUUAAAAAUAUGCUAUAAUGACCCUUAUGUCAAUAGCGUUAAGGUGGGGUAUCUCAUACCCAAGUUUAAGAAAUAAACUAAAAAUAAAGCUUUGUAAUAGCAACCUUAGUGCUAACAAAUUAAGGUCUGAUAUACACCCAGCCGUAACAACACUCUUGCUUGCGUCGAUAACCUUGUCUGGCUACUCCCCUCGUCACAUCCGUUAGUACGACUGCGCACGCAGUAGAAGUGAGACGUGCGCGGUGCUGUGGGUCGAUCAUACCCGUGUGUGUUGUGGCGAUCAAUGCUUAUUCUUUCCAAAAUUCUAGUGUAAUACAACCCAAAUUUAAGUAAUUGUACUCAACAUGUCGGGCCGUAAAAGACAAAAACUUAUGGACGGAUCUUCCGAAGCCAUCGAACAAGAAGAUUCGAAAGAGUUAAUUUUUAAAAAUGAUAAAGGGGUUUAUCACUUGUCUGUAAAAAGAGGGAAAAGUAAUACAAUACAAGUAAGUGAUGAAGAUCUUGAUGAAAUAACUAUAAAACGAGAAAAACCUGAUGCAGAACAAGAAACGAGUGAUGACGAUGAUAAGGUAAAUACUAAUACGGAACCAGAAUUGUGUGAUAAAGCAAUUUAUAACGUGUCUAUUAAAAGAGAAAGUACUGAAACAGAAGAAAUAAUCAAUGAUGGAGAUGAAAUGAGUGACGGAGAAGAAAUAAUUCAAGAGCACGAGAAAGAAGAAUCCUUAUACACUGGAAAAGAUGGCAAAACCAUUUGGUAUUCCAAUCCAGAUCAAGUUACAAUCACUGAAAGGCAAAAUGAUCCGAUCAAGACUGGUGUGAAACCUUAUGCAACUAAAGCCAAAUCUGAAUUGGAUUGCUGGAUUUUAUUCAUAAACAACAAAAUGUUAGCAAACAUACUCAAACAUACAAACAUUGAAAUAAAGUCCAGAAUAACAACUGAUCCUCCUGCGAGCAAUCGUUAUAUUUAUAAAGAUGUGAAGAUGGAUGAACUUAUGGCUUUGUUUGGCUUAAUGUAUAUCGCUGGAUUGAAUACUUCUAGAUUCCGUAAUUUUUCUGAUCUAUGGCAAUCAGAUGGCAAUGAUGAUGAUGAUACGGAUGAUAUUGAUGAUAUGGCUAUGUUUAAAAUGACAAUACCUUUGCCUCGAUUCAAUUUCCUACAAAAUUGUUUACGUUUUGAUGAUGCUACUACUCGAAAGCAAAGGCUUAAAAAAGAUAAUAUUGCCGAAGUAAGACGAAUCUUCGAAAAUUUCACGAAGAACUGUCAAAAAGCGUAUAAACCUAGCGAUCGCCUUGCGUUGGGUGAGAUAUUUACACCAUAUUUGGGAAAAUGUUCGUUUCGCCAACAGAAAAUAGGCACAGGUGGCUCGUAUGGUAUUAAAAUGUAUACUUUAGUAGAUGCUAAAACGCUUUAUACUGUUAAUCUUGAAAUACAUGCAGGAGACCAACCAGAAGGGCCAUUUUUUGUAAGUUACGAUCCAUUUGAUGUUGUUAAUAGAUUAGUAGCUCCGGUCUCUACAACAAAUCGAAACGUGACUUUGAAUGACAGGUUUACAAGUAUACCCCUUGCCCAACAUUUGCUUACAAAACACGGUUUAACAAUCACAGGAGAACUGAGUAAAGAAAAAAAAGAAAUUCCUCUAGAUUUCAUAAAAAAUGAACGCGGAAGAGCUUGCAACAGUGCACGAUAUGGAUUUCAAGAUGACCUCACAUUACUCUCUUAUGCUCCCAAAAAAUCAAAAGUUAUUCUUUUGUUAUCUUCGCUACAUCACGAUGACGUUUUGAAGGCAAGAGAUGACAAAGAAAUACCAGAAAUUGUAAAAAUUUACAAUGAUACCAAAACUGGUGUUAAAGAAGUUGAUGACCUUUGUUCAGAAUACGAUGUCCGUAAUUUGUUUAAGCGUUGGCCUCCCUUUAUAUUAUUUAACAUGUUAAAGAUUGCUGCAAUCAAUAGUUUUAUAUUAUACCGUGAGAAUAAUAAAUCUGAAGUCGAAAGAUCAGAGUUCAUAAGAAAUCUUGGACUGGCGUUGAUAAAAAAGUAUCUUAUGAAUAAAAAGAACAAUGCAAAAUUGCCUCGCGAUAUACAGAAACUCAUUUACAAGCAUAUUGGAGAAACGCCUUCAUAUUCAACAACAUCUAGGUCGUCAUACAGAAGAUGCAAAGACUGCCCGGCAUCUAGGGAUAGGAAGACAAAACACAGCUGCGUUGAGUGCCAUAAGCCUAUUUGCUUCCAACACUUUGUCAUCACAUGCAAAAAUUGUUCUUCGUAAAUUUGUAACUAAAUUAAACGGUUGAGCGAAUUA